UUGUAUGUGAAGCUUGAAAUUGAAACCUUGGAAGUGGAGAAGUUAGGUGUACGGUGUACGUGCAAUUUUAUUAUUAAUAGAGAUUAGAGACAGUAAAUAAUAUUUAUUUUCUGUAUGCUCGUGUAGUAAAUUACAGUCAUAAUGGAGAGAAAUAUCACAAGUAAUUCUGUUGGAAGCAUUCUGAGGGCAAUCAACACAGUAGCCUACAACCCCACGCCAGAAGAGCAAACUUCAUCAUCACUUCAAAAUUUAUUAGCUGUCACACGACAAUCAUUCAGACCUAAUCGUAGCCUUGAAACACCAAAACGUGGUAGAAAAAGUAGUAACACUUAUAAAAGGAGGAUAUUUUUAAUGAAGUUGGCUCACUGUGACUUCUUGCCAGCAAUCCAUGAGCAGAAGUUUUUAAAUAAGAGAGGUUUAGGACAAGCUGGGCCCAUCUCAAUAAAAAGAAGCUGGCCAUCAUCGCGUAUUAAAGAUGAGAUUGUCCAAGCAUUUCCUAACAGUAUUAGGGAUUUGCUAAGAAUGUCUGAUUUUACAUUAGCUAAGUGUGAUCGUCAGAAAAUGCUGAUUCAUUUGGAGCUGCCGGAGAGGUUUAAUGGUUUAGACCUUGAACUACAACUUGGGAAUGGAAUGCUGAUACUUAUUCCAAAUCACGACUUUCCCAAUAAUCUGCCCAUUCUUGAAAAGGAGAACCAGAGUCCUGUUAGUUUUAAUGACUCAGAAUAUGAUUCAGAUUUUGAAUUACCUUCUUCUAAAAGACCGAGCAGAGAAAGACGGUCUCUGAUGCCUGAUACUGCAGUUUCGAAUUUAGAAUUAUCUCCUUCUACAAGACCGAGCAGAGAAAGACGGUCUCACAUACCUGCCACUGCAGUUUCGAAUUUAGAAUUAUCUCCUUCUAUAAGACCUAGCAGAGAAAGACAGUUUUUGAUGUCUGCUACUACAGUGUCGGAUAUUAGUAAUUUUUCUGGAGGUAUCACUCUACCGGAAGCUUCGAUCCUUCCAGUAGCUGGUUCAUCAUCUUCCUCCACAUCACUUUUACAAGACGUUUUAGAAACAACACAUACAGAAGAGUGGACAUAUGAUAUUUUUACACAAAGUGAAGUUGUUUUUCCCACCUUGCAAGAGGAUGCAGAUACACAACUAGUUGAUGUAAAACGGCAAGAUGUCAUUGACGUUAUGUUCAGUAUAUACCAAAAUGAAGGAAUAGGUUGUAAGAAACUCUCCGUUCAAUUCGUGGAUGAAAAAGGCGUAGAUGGUGGCGGCCUAACUGUCGAAUUAUUUACCAUCUUUUGGAAUGAAAUUUUUGCAUCUCAUACUUAUUUCAAAGGAAAUGAUGUCUUAGUACCAUACAUCCCCCUCCAUAAACUGAGAAAGUUGAAAGGAGACUUUAAGAUAUUGGGCCGCAUUCUAGGACACAUGAUGUUAUUAACAGGCACCUUUCCUAAUAAGCUGGCUAUAUAUACUUUUACUGGUCUAUCACUUAAAACUGAGGAUUACAGCCAACAUAAAAAUAUUCUUUUGCAAGACUUCUUGCUACUACUCACUAUUGCAGAAAGAAAGUUGGUAAAAAAGGCAUUACAUAGUUUUACAGAAUUGUCUGAAGCCGAAAUUGGGAGACUCACCAGCCUGUUUUCUACUAAUAAUAUGCUUGACAUUCCUAGAGAAUGUGAUAUUGAAGAGCAGAUUAUUACUAUCGCUGAAAAAGUAAUUAUUAAAGACACAGCAGAAUUAUAUGCUGAAAUGCGAGUAGGCCUGCAACCCAGGAUAUUAGAAUUUUUAAAUAAUGUCCCAUUAGACGACAUUAUUCAAAUUUGGUCGUCCAAACAACCAACCGCAGAAAAAGUUAUGAAUGUUUUGAAGCUUACAGUUGAACAUCCUAACAACAUUGAAGAACAAACUUUUUUUUACUUCCAAAACUAUGUGGGAUCGCUACCAAUGCACCGAUUAUCCAAAUUUUUAUUAUUUGCCACUGCUUCAAUCCACAUGCCUGAGGACAUUUCUGUGUCAUUCCAUAAUUAUAUUGGAGUUGCAAGGAGACCAAUUGUGCACACCUGCAGUAGGAGCAUUGAACUGGGUCUUGGAUACGAGUCUCAGCAAAAUUUUGACUCGGAAAUGAAUUUGUAUUUGGAUGACGUUACUUCAUACGAAUAUGACCAAAUGUAAAUAGUAGUUCUCUUGUACCGUCAAAAGACUGUAACAACUCACAACUGCUGCACAGAAUCAUAAUUCCUGACAUACGCGAGCUAACAUUGUCUUUUUUUACUACAACUCUUAGCAACAUCUGAUUUUAUCUAAAUUUAGUUCACAGAUUUAUUAUAUUAGUCAAAAACAAUCCAAUUUCAGGUUCCUAUCUCGACAAGGUCCAAAGUUAUAGAGAAAAAUUUACUUAAAAUUGUGAUUUAUGCACCGAUUUCUUUGGAAAAGUGACCAAACGUUUUACCUUGAUGCCGAAAACGAUCAAACGGUUUAUUUGACUAUACAAAAGAACUCGUGUAGUUUGAUCAAACGAUCUCGAAUCGAUUUUUAUGCAACAUUUUCUUUAAAAAUCAACCAAACGUUUUACUUCGAUACUCAAUGUAUGGCUUUAUCCCAAUCUAUGACUUAAAAACUUUUUUUCAAAAAAUUCAUAAAUUGUGGUUGAAACACAGGUUGGAACCAAAAAUUAUGAAAAUCCAUCUAUUAUCAAAGUAAAAUGUUAGGUUAAUUUUUAAAGAAAAUGUUGAAUAAAUAAAAAUUUUAAGAUUAUAUGCUCACCCCGCCCUCAAGAUCACUCAAUGUAGUACCCCUACUUACCCGCCAGAAUUCGCACAAUUUACAGCCAAUUCAAAAAACGCGCCAAUUCCAGGACUGCCUCCUAGCCCUCAAAAUGGCCAACUUCAUUACU